CGAAGCUCGUUGCAGACUGUCUGAGUUGCAGACGGAUGUCGGGCGUGAGUUUGAAAGCUGUGGAAGCAAUGAUGUUACGAAUUAAUAGAAUAGUUUGUUUGAAUUGGACAUUGGGCACAAGAAAAGUUAACGAUAUGUUUUGCAAGAGCUAUCUUGAGAAGUGUUCGUCAUACAAAUCUGAAUUAGACAAAUGGUGUAUAAUCAUUCAGCAGACAAGCCUUCUUUAAAUGACUGCCUUGCAAUGUUUCGUACUCCUGCUUGUUAUUAAUGCAUGAUGUAAGAUGGGUGUGUAUCUGGGACUUAUUUUGUGGAGAACUAAGUGUCUGGUGUUGUGUAUAUUCAUGACAUUCAUGCUUGGAUGCUUUAUUGCUUUGACACCAAUUACUUCGGAUGUCUGUGACUGUGCGGAUAAUCAACCAAGUGAUUUAACGGAACGGAAAACCGAAGAACAAACGUAUCAGACAGAGGGUGACAAAGCUAAACAUAAACUAGCCGUGCUAGUUCCUUUUAGGGACCGUUUUGACGAACUUUUGGAAUUUGCCCCUCAUAUGCACAAGUUUUUGAAAAAGCAGAAUAUAAAUCAUCAAAUAUUUGUAUUAAAUCAGAUCGACAGUUACCGAUUCAACCGUGCAGCGUUGAUCAACGUUGGAUUCCGAGAAGUGUGCCCAGAAUGUGACUACAUUGCAAUGCAUGACGUUGAUCUUCUCCCCCUUAAUUCACAACUGUCAUACGGAUAUCCAGAGAGUGGUCCAUUUCAUGUGGCAUCUCCACAGCUGCAUCCACGCUACAACUACUCAACAUUUGUUGGCGGAAUAUUGCUAAUUAAGAGGGAGGAUUUCCAAAAAGUCAAUGGAAUGAGCAAUAAAUAUUGGGGCUGGGGUUUGGAAGAUGAUGAAUUCUAUGUUCGCCUAAAAGAAGCCAAGCUUCAGAUAUCUCGUCCUCAAAAUAUUACUACAGGAAAAAACAAUACAUUUAGGCACAUGCAUGAUCGUGUAAGACGGAAACGUGAUAUGACCAAAUGCUUCAAUCAGAUUCAGGUGACACGGCACCGUGAUUUGGAGACUGGCAUGAAUACUGUUUCAUAUAAACUUGCAGAAGUAAGACAGAUGAGUAUCGAUGAUGCUCCAGUUACAGUUCUGAAUGUGAAGCUCCACUGUGAUAAGCUACUGACUCCAUGGUGUGAGUGUGGUUCAAACAAUCCCUCAGUACAACGAACUGCGACAGCCAGCAAGCUGAAGAAAUCUGGAUAGUAAAAUGCUAAAGUACAAAUAUGUUGACAUUGUUUUCAGUACAGUAUUAUAUAACAUUUUGUAAUAGUGAGUUGACAAUAGCCAUUUUGUGUUAAGAUUGGAACAGGCGUAAUAUGAAGGUGUUUUGUAUUGUACUUUUUGUAUUGUUUACUACCUAGAAGUUUGCUACUUUAUAUUGUGUACCACAUGUUUAUUUUCUGUUAAUUUUUCAUAUAAUGUUUUACACUUCUAAGUACAUGUAAUGUUACCUUUGCACACAAAUAUAAUGUGCAUCAGAAGCUUUAAACAUAAUGUUCAUUGUAUUUGUUGCUACUUUGAUGUUGUACUCUGCAUAUUUUAAGAGAUUGGUAGGUAGAGAAAUUUGCUGUAUGAUAAAUGUGUUACCUUUUUAUAAUUACCCUUUCUGUUUUGUUUGUGCCAAUUUAAAAAUUUGUGGAAUGUGUUUUAGACAUAGGUGCAAUGCCACUUUUUGUCCAUAUGGCCUUUCUUUCACAUGAAGUUU